AUGUCAUCUUCACAUCGAAGACGAACUUCUCGGAAAUAUCCACGUUCUAGGCGAUAUCAUCGCCCGGUUCAUUACUCACCACCGCCCUACUCGACAGAUUCAGAACGCUCUCAGAGGUCCUCUUCGUUAUCCGAACGAUCAGAACGAUCUGAACGAUCUGAACGAUCUGAAUCUGAACGCUCUGAACGUCCCAAGAGUGAGAAGCCUCAUAAAUCAGUUUCUUUUGCGCAACCCGAGUCAACCAUAGCCAAGCGACGUGGAGUUCUGAAGAAAUCUUCUAGUUACGGUGGAUCGGAUAAUGGACAUUCCAGCAGGUGA